UAGAUAUUUGGCUUAAGCUCGGAAUAUUAUGCGAUUUCCAGAGAUACUAACAUUCAAGAAUAAGAAUGAGUUGAAAACUACAACUUCUACAAUAAAUUUUGUGUGCUUAAUUGUAAUUAGGACUUAUCUAUUAUGAAAAUUUAACAGGAACUUGGUUCCUAAAUGUCGUUUAGCGGGAGUAGCUUUUCUAAUCUGCCACAAAAUUGUAGUAUUUUUUUGAUGGCUUUGAUAAGAAAACCAAGUAAACCGGUUGCUGGCCAACUCUGCUGACGAGCUGCUGUUUGAUUUUGGCUGAUUGGCCGCUUUGGUCAAAACAAUCGGGUGCCGAACGCCGCGGAGAACACAACGCACCCGCAACAUGACGGCCAAGAUUAAGUUGCGAUCUCAGCUGCAUUUAUUGACGGGAUUCACCGGAGGCUUCGUGUUUGCAUUCGUCCUUCUCCUGUAUGUCUACGAUGUGAGUAGAGAGGCGCCGUGCUGGAGCAGCUCCACUACCUUCUCCACAGCCACGGCGACUUUGGGUAGGCCAGCAGAAGCUCCUCUGUCGCGUAUACUGUGCAUGGUGCUCACCCAUCCGGACAAUCUGGACGGACUGGCCAGAACUGUCCAUGACACCUGGGGUCAGCGCUGCAGCCAAUUGGUGUUUGCCAGCAGUGACACCUACGAGCCGCUGGGCGUGGUCCAGGUGGUGGAGCCCAACGGCGGUGGCUACGAGGAUUUGUGGAACAAGACCCGCGAGGGAUUCCGCCAUGUCUGGGAGCAUUACGGACAGGACUACGAUUGGUUUCUCAAGGCGGAUGAUGAUACAUAUGUUAUAAUGGAGAAUCUUCAGUACCUGCUAAGCGGCUUCGAUCCGGAAACGCCAGUUUAUUUUGGCCACAAAAUGUCACGGUAUAAUGUGAGUUACAUGUCUGGUGGGGCGUCUUAUGUUCUAAGUCGGGAGGCUCUGCAUCGCUUUAUGACCCUAGCCUACGAAUCGGAGGUAAUUUGUCCGCAUCCCAAGAAAAUGGGCAUCGAGGACUUUUACAUGGGAAUCUGCUUGCAAAACGUGGGCGUCCAUUUUGUUGAUUCUACACAGGCUUUGGCUGGAGACACAAAGCCAAAGUUUAUGCCAUUGGACCUAGAAAACUAUCUGGCGGAUUCAAACUCAAGUAUUCCGGACUGGUUGCGCCUCAUGAGUGUGCCACAAGUUGAAACAGGGCUCAGAUGCUGUUCUAAUUACUCUGUGGCCUUCCAUUACGCCAGCCACGAACGCAUGCUGCUUUAUGAAUUUUUACUCUAUCACCUGAGAGUCGUUGGUCGACCUGCGACUACAGAAACCUACAAAAAGUACCAGCUUAGCUUAACCGACUUGACGAGCCGUUUCCCUCUGGAAAAUAACUCGUAUAUAAAAGACUUGCAACAAAUGUCCGAGAAGCCUGACAAUUUUUAGACAUUUAAUCUACAUAUUUAUGAUACUAUAUGAUUAAGCAUACGAUGUGAUUUUAAAAUAAUAAAUGAGGAAGCUGUAACCGGUUUGUGAAAUUUUAAACCGUUUAAAAUACCUUAUAAUUCAAUUAAAUUUGUUGUUUUUAUAUAUUGUUGGCUUACUUCGGACAGGAAUUUUUGUUUUGAUCCAACCGCAAAACCACACCCCUUAAGUUAAAAAUACAUAUGUAAGCUAAAUAUUCUAAUUAUUAUAUUUUUACCAAAUAGUGUUGAUGAAUUUUUUCAUAUAUUUAUAUAUUUCUAGUACCGUAACUUGCAUGUCGCCAUUUUACACAAUGUUCGGCCAUUUUACUUUGACGGCAAAGAAAAUAUAUUGCAUACUUAUAGGCAUGAUUAGUAAAAGGUCAUAUUUAUAAGAAAAACUUUCAUUUCUUUAAAAGUUUAAUACAAAAAUUAUAAACUACACAAAUAUUAGUACAAUAAAUUAACGUAGAAGACUUUGAAAAAUAUAUAAGACUCUUUUAAAAUAAAUAAAUAAAUGAAACAAUUAAAUAUGUACAUUAAUUUUAGGUGCCAGUUUUAAAAAACAUUUUCGGGCGUUCAUAUAAGAUAAUAAAAGUUUAUAUAUGAUUGAUACUAAAUUCAAUCAUAUUCAUAGUAGGCUGUUUUUAUUCAAGAUGAAUCUAUAAAAUUCCUUUAAAAAUGGGAAUACCAAAAGAAAUAUGCAAUAUUUUAGUUCCUUUUAAAUUUAGUUAAUGCAGUUGCCUUGAGAAUGAUGCGAUUACACAAUAUACGGCUUGGACGACUACAUAAAGGCUAAAUAUUCUGUUUGGUUUUCCUUCAGGAGGGCAUUCUUGCAUGAAGGGCUGAUCGAAUCCACCGGAUUAGUCGGGAACCAAGAAAAUGUAAUAAUUUUCAGUUCCAAAGUCAAUGCCUCUGUCUCACCUCACUGCCGCACCACCGACACUGAUACCGACGGCUUAUUUGCGAGUGUGAGUGCACAAAACAAAGUGUGUUUUAAUGGCGAGCCGUUGCCAAGUUAAACUUAAUUAAAUCCAAAAUCACGUACGCAUGCUCGGUGUGUGUCAGCUGGCAUUUUGUAUGUUUCCUCCCCUCCGGAGUCCGGAUGGUGGCUGGAAUGCGUUUGGAGAUUGAGAUGUUUUACAGAAGCCGAAUGAAGCAUUUUAUGGUCAAACAGAAAAAAUACACAAACUGCACACUAACUCGA